AUGGACGGCAGUGAUAACCCCAGGGCCUCCUCGUUUGGGAAGGUACUAGCCAAGACUAAAGAAGAGGAGAGCACGGAUACUGCAACUGACGAUUUGGAAACUGCGGAAUUGGACUCCGAAGUGGAUUACGAGGACAUUUACGAUGAGAGUGAAUACGAGACAGAUGACGAAGAUGGGUCCGAGUCGGAAUAUGACUCGGAUGAAGCUGGCAACAGCGCAUUUGACUACAACGCCCGCGGUGAAUUGAUGCUGCCUAACCUAUCUAGGUUAUCACGCACACGCGUAUCGAGGAACCGCCACAAGCUUUUUAGAGGGCGUGUUUUACAUCUUUCGGACCUGGUAUAUCCGCUGGUCGCUCAUGACAAGGAGUCAUCGAUGUCGGUACCUGAUCUACCGGGACUACGAUUGCUUUCAAUUCCCGACCUGGUGAAAGAGAUUGAGGAAGCACGCAACCUCGGACUUACGGCAUUUAUGAUCCAUCCACAUGUCGACAAGUCGCUCCGCAGCGAGUUUGCCGACGAAGGGUUGAACCCUGACGGAUUGCUACCUAGGGCCAUAAAUGCUGUAAAGGAGGCUUUCCCUGACGUUCAGGUCUUUGCGGAUGCGAGUGUCGCUCACUUUUCGCUGGACGGCCAUGACGGACUCGUAGAACCGGAGACCGAUUCCAUUGCGAACGAUGUUUCCGUGAGUCAAGUUGCCAAGCAGGUGACAACUCUUGCAUCAGCAGGGUGUGACGUCGUUGGUCUCAACGAUACGCUUGACGGGUCUGUCGGUGUUGCUCGUGAUGCUCUUGACUUCGAGGGUUUCACAGACGUUUCACUGAUGAGCCGCGCUGCGAAGUUCAACUCGGUGCUGAUGCAACAGCAGCGUGCACUUUUGGGCGUGGCGCCGUCGGACAACGUAAGACCUGAGACGUACCUCCAUGACGUAGCACUCCCCGAUGAGCCUAUUUUGAAGGGUGUACAAGACGUGGACGAUGGUGCGGACAUGGUAGCAGUGGAGCCUGCCACCACUUUCGUCGACGUAAUACGAAACUUAAAGGACCGACUGCGUACUCCCGUUGUUGCGUUCCACACGACUGGAGAAUACCGUGCUCUUAAGGCUGCGGCUGCUGCUGGCGUCUUUGACGAGCGUGCCGCAGCUUUGGAGACACUACGUGGUUUGAGGCGUGCAGGCGCAGAUGUGAUCAUAUCAAGUUUCUCGAAAGAUGUCGCUCAGUGGCUUCUGGAGGAUAUGCAGACUAAUGGGAUGGAGAACCGCUCUGAGCUCUUGCCCGAGAACCCACAUAUCGUACGUGGGCGCCUCGACAAUGGCCUAGAGUACACGCUGCUCCCUAACUCCAACCACUGUGAUCGGUUUGAGGCUUACCUAGAAGUUCUGAGCGGCUCUGCCGACGAAUUGGAGCACCAACGUGGUAUAGCGCAUUUUUGCGAGCACGUCACUUAUAUGGGCAGUAGAAAACGUGACUGUCUAGUAGGCCGUGAUGUUCGCACAAAUGCCUUUACGGACUUCCAUCAUACCGUGUUUUACGCAUCAUGCCCAUCAGUGAUGGACGGUUGUAGUGGAAAAGGAGAGUCCCUAGAGCGUGCGCUGUCGGCACUGGUAGAUGUGGUUGAGGCACCUACUCAGUUCAGUACAUCCCGAGUGGAAAAAGAGCGUCAAGCUAUAUUGUCAGAGGCAAGGAUCAUAAACACGCUUGAAUAUAGGAAGAACUGUGCCACAGUACAAGCUCUCCACGCGGAGACUAGGCUGAGCCGUAGGUUCCCUAUAGGUGACCUAGCUCGGUUGGGUGAGUAUACUGUGAAUGAUCUGUUAGAUUACCAUCGGGUGCAUUAUCGUCCAUCUAACCUAAGGCUGUUUGUUGUUGGUGACUUGGAUGUUUCCGAUGCGGAAUAUUCAAUUCGUAGGAUUUUUUCGGGCAUGAAAGAACAUACCGAUGAGGUAGAUCGUCACUUAAAGUUGAAUGCCGAUAUCUACCGAGGUACUGUUAAAGAGACCCGGCGUGGACUCCCACCUGCUCGCCAUGAGUGGGAUCAACCAGGUCCCAAAGCGCACGUAUGGCAAAACGAUCAGAUUAAGAAUCUCAGCCUCGAGAUCGCGAAAAAGAUCCCGAUACCUACGAUGUUAAAUCGUACGGAUAUCUGGAAGAGCGUUGUUAUGAAGCUUGCUUAUCGCAUUUUGACGUUGAACUUCGAUAUUCUCCAACGUGGCACUGGGGCUAUAGAGUCCGUGGAAACCAAUGACUAUGACUGUACUAAUGAAGGAUGUCGCGUCCGUUCUUUCGAGCUCCACUGUGUACCUUAUCAGUGGCGUGCGGCUCUGACUGCUGCGAUAGCACAGGUUAAAUGCUUGGCUACGCAAGGUACAACUCCAGAGUUGUUCAAGAUCGUAAAGGAAUCGAUGUUACAUGACUGCGCUAGGUCAGAUACGACUAAGUCUGAAAACCGUGACCUCAUUUCUGGGUUAAUGGAGGCUACUACGUGCGGUCGUACGUUGAUGUUGCCAGAAGUUGAGAAGGAGAUCGUGGUAGACAUACUGUCCCGCGUCCACAUCGAUGAUGUGAAUGAAAUGGCUUAUAAACUCUUUCCAUGGGCGUCCGGUAAGAACUUUGUGGGUAUCAACCUUAUAUGUUCGACUCCACCACCAGAUCCGUCCAUCGGUUUCGACGGCGUUGGAGAAGAGUUGAUCUUAGAUGCAUUUGAAAAAGAGUGCAAAGAGCCACUUACAGCUUCAGCGCUACACCCUGAAGUGAAUACCCCGUCUAAGCUGUUGACUGACGAGGAGCGUAGCGAGGUGAUAAAUAGUCGUCCGUAUGGCCAUGAUCCAGGGUUCGUCAACGACCCGAUGCUCCCAAAGGAGCGUUAUGCUUGUCUACAAGAGUCUAAAGAAGAGUUAUUACGUUCAUUGGCUGUUGUAGGCGACUUGAAACACGUUGCUACUCGCUAUGUCGAUUCACUUCGUGACUCUAUCAGUUGCCGCUCCGAUGUUGAGCACAUUAGUGAGAACAAGCCAGCACCUCCAGAAUUCUCUAAGCUUAGCGAGCAUUUAGUGAACCAUUCACGCCAUUCUCCUGACCAGUCGUAUGUUGGGAGGUACACUAAUGCCCUUGCUGAGCUGCGCAAGCCGCUGGCAUCAACGCUCCCACCAGACAGCCUACUAUAUGAGUCACGCCCAGGCCCGUCUGGUAUCCAUCUCCUAACUCUUAACAACAGCAUACGUGUGAAUUUGCACGUGGGCGAUGAAGACCAACUGGCUAUUAAGGCAAUAAUUCCUGUGGAGUAUGACUAUAGCAACCUCGCAUCUCUACGGCGGCGUAAGUUGGAGCUACUAUUGGCCGCCACCACCAUGAUGGAAGGCGGGGCCAUGGGUAGCCUGAGCCGUCUUCAAGUAGAGAUGUUUUGCACACAACAUCUGAUGGAUGUCCAAAUCAGCGCGAAUGAAGAUUACUUCUCUAUCGAGAUGUCAUUCCCCUACGGGUGCACUGGCCGCCGCGAGAACAACCUCGAAAGCGCACUUCAGAUUUUGUACGCGGUAUUACAGUACCACAAAUUGGAGCCCGAUGCGUUUGUACGCGCUAAAGAAAAAUUGAGACGCGACCGUAAUGCGUAUGCACAGGACCUACAAUCCUUCGGUACCGGUGACUUGGUUUCAUCUAUGAGCGAUGGCAAGCUGAGUUACCACGAUUUGGAUUAUGAUGCCUUGGGUUCUGCUACACUUGCUGAUGUUCAGGGUACAUUCGAUGGUAUCUUUAAGCGCGGUGUCGUGGAGGUAUCGCUUUCUGGCGCUGUUGAUAUAAGAGAGGCAAAGUCCCUGCUUGUGCAAUACUUAGGCACUAUACAGCUCCCAGAAUAUUCCACAGCUCCUAGGGAUAGGUUUGUUCUCUGGAGCAAAGAUUACGGUGUCGACGUGGCAGUGGGUUCUCCCGAUGCGGUUGGUCUAGAUGAUCUCGGUGCUGGGCACCCUUCAAUAGAUCCUCAAGGACAAGUCGAAUCCACUACUACGACUGUAUCUGAUGAGAAUUCUGAGGAAAACUUCGUUCCUUUAGAGAACCAACAUCGGCUCAUCCUGGUUCCAGACAACCAGGAACGUGCAAUGGUGCUCCUCGGAGGUUACGCGCCUAAUGCGAGUGGCAUCAUGCCUGAUGGUACUCACAUGGCGGAUAUGUUGCAUUUGAGCCUGUCAGAAGCCAUGGAAUGCGAUGUUAACGCGCAGAAUGCUGAGAAGCUGAUAAGAACUGUGAAAGAGUUAUGGUUACACCCUGCAUUUCCCCGUGCUGCGUGCGCACUUAUUCAGGAGAUCCUCACUAAUCGCGCAUUUACAGUGUUGCGUGCAGAGAAGCAUCUAACAUAUGAAUCGAAUGUUGAUUUCGUCCUCUAUGAUGUACAAUUCGCUGGGUACUUCGUCAUCUCUGUGCACUCAUCAUUUGACAAAUCGGAGGCCAUACUUGCCGAAACCCGCCGAGUUUUGGCUGACAUUCGGUCUGGUGACCGACCUAUAUUGGAACAGCACCUCAUUCGUGCACGUGACCAAGUACUAGCUCGUCUGCGCAAGGAUCGUACGACGAAUCGGCAUUGGAUAGGGGAGUUGUUGGGAAUGCAGAGCCGUCGGUUACCUUUGAAGAACUCUUUAUUCACUACGGAGUUCGAUCGAGUGUUACAGAGGGUUACGCUCGACGAUAUCCAGCUGCUCUUUUCUUCGGAUGUCUUCGGCUUUGAUGAAAAGCAUCUGUGGAGCCGAAUAGUCCACACUACUGUUGCUUAA